CCGGUGAAUGACUUGUACAAACUACAUAUCCCAUGUGUCGUCACUUCAGUUGCUCUUCCGACCGAAUAUCUUGGAAGUAUUUUUAGGUUAUUUGUCCAAAAUAAUAGCACAUUUAGUUUAAUACAUCCAAUUAAAUUAAAGUUACCUUAAAUUUAAUUUUAUAUUAAUGUAACUUAUAGAUGCAAAGCAGCCGUCUCGGUGGUUUGAAGCACUUCGGAGGGUUACAAGUGUGCUGAAUUGUGACCGGACAGCAGCCAGAGAUGGAGUUUCCAGAAGACUUUAACCAGCUGGAGCUUCUUGACACUCACGGUCACCUGAUCCCUCGAGGAGGCAGCGGUCUGUGGACCGAGAGCAAGGACGAGGAGAAGGAGACGGACGAGGAGGAUCACAGCGAGGAGUGGUAUUUAGCGAAAGAGGUCGAGCUCAGUGACAAACCUGCCGAGCUGGUUCUGUGGGCAGCAGAAAAUAAUCGGCUCCCCACAUUGCAGCGCCUGCUGGCGGCUGAUCCUCUGCUGGUGCACUGCCGCGACGAGGACAACUACACGCCCUUGCACCGCGCGGCGUACAACGGUCACGUCGAAGCCGCGUGCACCUUACUCUCUCACGGCUCCGACAUCAACCCCAGAACCAUCGACGGCUGGACCCCCCUGCACAGCGCCUGCCGCUGGGCCCGCGCCGCCGUGGCGAGUUGUCUUCUACAGAGCGGCGCGGACAUCAACGCUCAGACAAACGGCGGCCUCACACCCUUACAUCUGGCCGCUUCCUCAUUCAAGCCCAGCUUUGCACAAACUUUAGAGCUCCUCCUCUCCAAGCGCCACCUGAAGCCCGGGCUCCUCAGCAGCAGCGGGGAAACGGCCGCAGAAGUGGCCCGGCGGAGCGGCCCGCAUUAUUACCUGUUUGAGAUGGUAGAAGACUGCAUCGGUGUGAUACCACCUGCUGUGUCCACAUAAACUCUCACCUGUCUUGUGGUAUAAUAGCUGGAAAUGUGUGCUGUGUUACAAAAAAAUAAACUGAAUGUGACUAUUA